AUGAAACACCACGGCCUCAUUGUCCUCGUUCUUGGGGCUUAUGUGCGGUUAGGCACUUCGACCCCUCAGCAAACCAGCUCGCAAAGAACAUCAGCGGUAUCAAACCCCCUAGGUCCAACAGCGCGACCUAGAGAACUGGCCAAUGCCAGACGUCAAGAUGGAUCAGGCGAUACAUGCGGCUUUGUGAGCGACAUUCCGGUGACCUGUGUAGCCGGACCUUGUGGCUUCCUCUCCGUCUUGGGCGGGACUCGGGGCUAUAUGGGAUGCUGUAAUGACGAUGGGUGCUCUUUCCAGACUGAUUGCAUAGAGGGUGGAACUGCAUCUGAUACCAAGACUCUGGCAUGCAUCGGAGAGUUGUCUUUUUGUGCGACUUACACAUGGCCUGACUACGAGGCGGCAGCAUAUUACUGCGCAACAUCGAGAUCAACCGACACUGUGACGACUAUGGAUCCUGAUUUCAGUAGCACUAUUGAUCUUGAGCUCACUAGCACUUACGGUGGACAAACUGACGACACCGACGCAUCCUCGGGAUCGAGGCAAAACACCGGGGCACCGCAGCCCACCUUCACAGCAUCCGGCAAGCCGACAGGUGCCAUUCCCACCGACGCGGGUACUCCAGAACUCCCAGUUUACGCGGAUUGGGGCGGGCGUUGGCUCAGGAGCAUUUGGACUCUUGCUGCUUGGAUUCUUUGCGGUAUUUGGGUGUUGGAAGGGACCGAGGCGGACAUCGAGACCAAUAUUGAGGCUUGCACUGCUGCCAGGAAGUCCAAACCAGGUCUACCAGACACCCACAGAUACCUCUGA